AUGAAUUGGGAACGGGCUAUUAUUAUUGGAGACACACGGGAGACAUUCUUCGUUUCAUCUUCACGGGAUGUAAGUUACUCUAACUCUGAAGAAAUAUACAUAGAUUCAUGUUUUGAAAAACAUUCAGGAAAUGAUAAUGCGAAAAAAUGAAUCGAAUCGAUUUUUGUCAAUGGGUGAUUGUCUCGAAGUCAUUUCUAAUAGUUCAAAAUGUUGGAAUAUGAUAAGUGGGAAUCCGGUGGAGCGAAGAAUUAUUGAUAAAUUCGAGAAGGUAGAUCAAUUUGUUCAAUGGAGGCUACACAAACAGAAUCGUGGAAUUAUUAUUAUGGCAACAAUUAUUGAUUGUGAAAUUGUGAAUCAUCCGAGCUCAAAUCAACCGGUACGAUGUUUUCGAACAAGUUUUUUGGAGGUUGGUUGGAAUUAUAACGCCUUGCUCACGUCGACCCAACUGCUGCAAUGGGUGUACGGUUUUUCGGAGUUUCCGCGCAGUGCUACGAGAAAAAACAUCGACUAGAAUUCAUGAAACUCCUUAUUUCCAUAGAUUUGAACACGCUGAUCAUGAAUAUGUAAUCAGUUUUCAAAAUGGUUCAGUAGUUUUCUUGCAUUUUGAUGCAUUCAGUCUCACACCCAUUGCAGCAGUUUGUUCUUUAGUGGGUCGACGUGUGCUCAGAUUAGGAUCUUCAUAAUUUUUUUCUGAUCUACCAUGAGCAAUGUCUCUGGCCUAACUAAAUAUUGAAAAUUUCAAAUCAAAAAAUUAUCACAACCUUUGAACACACCAAAAAUAUGUUCAUACAAACUUCGCUAGCCUAAUUUUUUUCCAGAAAGUUUAUGAUUGUGAAAAUUCGAGAACAAGUGUAUUCAGUCAAAGUGAAUUGAUUGGGAUGAAUGUUCUCACAUGCCAUGUGAGUAAUCGUGAAAAAUUUGGAUUUUGGACAACUGUAAAUGUUAAUGUGAGCGUUUGGAUUUUAUCAUAAUUUAUUUUAAAAAAAAUAUAUUUUUCAGAAUGACCCUCACGAUAAAUUUUCAACUAAAGAUCGUCAUUAUAGAACAGGAAUUGCUUUGAAUUUUAGAAUGGAAAAUACGAAAAAUGGAAAACAUGAUUUAAUGUUUUGGAUUCCACAUGUUCGAGAGCGCGCUUUGUACACAGAAGAAUUACGAGGAAAUAUACCGAAACAGAGAUUUUUCGGAAAUUGGGUUUCGUUCAGUCUCAACAGAAAUUAUCAAGUGGAUGAACAGAGCGAUGUGAAAAUAAUCGAAGAUAUUCUUCCCACUCGAAUUCAUCAAAAUCGAUGUGAAGUUAGGGUAUCUGUUAGAUUCGAAAUUGAAAGAUGGGAUAAGAGAGGAUAUCCUGAAUUGAAAUGUUCACAGUGUGGCGGACUUGUUGCUGAUAUCACACGAACUCUUGGUAGGGUAAUUUUUAGGAAAAUGCACAAAAUCAUUUUUCAGAGAAAUAUGGUAUGCUGAAAUCGUUUUCUGGUGAAGCUUGGGUUCAAUAUUUUCAACAUGAACCUUCGAGAGGAAUUUGGUUUAUUCUUUCGGAGAAACAAGAUGAAUGGAUUGAUGAUGAUCGAAUUGACAGGUUAGAUUUUAUGUUAGAGAAAAAACUAGAGUUCUUACUUGUGAUUUAUUUUCAGAACUAUAGAAAAUCCCAUCGAAAAUAGUUCUAGAAAAAGAUCGAGAUCACCUGAAAGAUCAAAUUAUCGAGAUUUGAGAAACUCUGGAAGAGAAGAUGAUUAUGGUAGAAGAGAAAUAUCUGAAAAUCCCAAAGAAAGUAUGAACAUCGGAAAUAGUUCUAGAAGAAGAUCGAGAUCACCAGAAGCAUCAAACUAUCGAGACAAUUUUGAUCGUAGAAGAGAAAGAUCUAGACCUCGAGAAGAUUUUGAUAUUGUUGAUCAGAGAAAUCGAGAAUAUGAACGAAGAUCGAGAGAAACUUCAAGACCUCCAAAAAUCGUGAAUAUGAAAGAAGAUCGAGAGAAACUUCAAGAGCACCUUCGAGAAUUGAUAGAUCACCUUCAAGAAAAAGAGAUGAUACAAGUAGUAUUCCAUCAACAUCUCGAAGUUAUAAUGAUGAUCUAUCAAAAGCUCAGACAAAUUUGAAAAAAUUGAAGACAAGAUAUGAAUAUUUGACUGCAAAUAAUAUGCCGAUUCCUGAAAAAUUGAGAGAAGAUCUUGGAAAUGCGAUUCUAGAAGAAAUUCGAUUGAAGAAAAACAUUCAGGAUCAGGAUGAUAGAAAAUCAGGAUCAUCAAGAGUUGAAGUGGAUGAAGAAGAUCUACAAAAAUAUAAAGAGGUAAGACUUCAAAUUGAAAUCUGAAAUUUCAAUUUUUUUUAGCUCGUCGUUAUGUUCCGUGAAAUGUUGUCUUCACAGGAAGUUUGUGAAGAAAUGCGAAGAUUUGAUGAAAUUGCAAUGGAUAAUAUUAAUCAACUACUUUUUGAUUUGUAA